GCCGCCAACACACUCAGACCGUUUUCGCGCUAAAGUGAAAUGGCGAUGUAAUAUUAGCAUUUAUUUCGUAUAACUGCAUAUUAGCAGCCUACUUUUUGUUAACUACUGUACAUGUUUUUAGACUAAGAUGUGAUGAUUGGAUCGUCGGAGUUGUUAUGAAGCGAGAGCAAGCUAACCAUAACUAGUAUCGCCACAGUGUUGGACCCUCUUUAUACACUUGCUAAACUGAGUUAUCUUAGGUUGUAAGACCAUGGCACUUGUAACCGCAGAGACUUUAAAGUCAGAGCUGGAAAUAUUCGGCAUACCCUGCGAAGAUGAUUCUGUCCUCGACAAAAUGGUUGAACAGUGCAUUUGUAGCAGGAUACAGGCAGAUGAAAUAGUACUGGAGUGGGUGGCGUACAGCAGCACAAAAAACAGUCUGAAACUCAGCGUGGACAACCUGGAGCAGUUUGAACACGAGGUCUUAAGGAGGAAGAACAAAUCUAAAUCAAGCUCCAGAAAAGAAGAAACUCGUAACAGGACCAGAGACAUUUACACAAUAAAUGACAUAAUAAAAGCUGAGGAAGAUGAGGAGAAUCUCUUAGACUCCUAUUCCACUCCUGCUAAGGGGUCUCAGAAACGAGCACUAACUACUCCAGAACAUCCUCAGUCUAAGAGGAGUGCAGCUCUGCUGGCCAGCCCAGGCCUUCUGCUGUCUCCAGCCAGUUUCUCCCCCAGUGCAACGCCCUCACAGAAGUACAGCCAGCGAGGAGGGAAAGGGGAGGUGGUGGUGACAUUUGGGGCAGUGCAGGGCACUCGCUGGGUGGGCAGGAAGAAUCCAGGUGUUGAUGUGCAGCUGGAGCUCCUGGAAGGGCCAGAAGACUCCCUCCGCUGCAGCUACAAAUACAUGUUCCAGAGGCUGCGAGAUGUCCGAAAUGUGUUGUCAGAGAAGAUUGAGGAGCUGGGAGAAAGCCUCAGGUCUCACUUCAGCAUUGAAGAGUUCUCUCCUGUCUCUCUUCCUGCCCAGGAUGCUAUAACUGUGUUGGGUCAGGUGUGCUGUGACAGUAAUGGCAAACUGAAUGCACAGUCAGUUCUGUUGGAGGCAGGACCAGAACUGGGUGGUCAGCAAGUACCUGUUGACCUGUCUGAGCUUAAAGAGUAUUCCCUCUUUCCUGGUCAGGUGGUGGUGAUGGAGGGGAUGAAUGCUACAGGAAGAAAACUUGUCGCUUCCAAACUUUAUGAGGGGGUUCCUCUUCCUUUUUACUCCUCAAAUGUAAAGAUGGAGACUGAUGAAGCUGCAGAGCCAGUAAAUGUACUCGUGGCCUGUGGACCGUACACACCCUCAGACAGCCUGACUUUCGAUCCCCUGCUGGACCUAAUAGGGGUCAUUGUCAGGGAUCGUCCUGAUGUCUGUGUGCUGCUCGGCCCAUUUGUCGAUUCCAAACAUGAACAAAUUGAGAAAGCUCAGGUGACCGAGACGUUCAAGUCUAUUUUCUCUAGAUGUAUAGAAAGCAUCGUUGACGGCACCAAAAGUGUUGGCUGUCAGCUGGUGUUUGUGCCCUCCCAAAGAGACAUCCAUCACCAUUUCAUCUACCCGCAGCCCCCCUUCACCCUGCCGAAUUUCAGCAAAGACCAGGCCCAGCAGCGUAUCACUCUGGUCCCCGACCCCUGCACCCUGCUGAUCGAUGGCGUUACCUUUGGUUUGACGUCCACAGACAUCCUGUUCCACAUGGGUGCAGAGGAGAUCAGCUGUGGUACUGGCUCAGACAGAUUCUCACGCAUUCUGAAGCACAUGCUGAUCCAGAGGAGUUACUACCCGCUGUAUCCUCCUGCAGAGGAGGUGAACAUGGAUUAUGAGAAAUUCCAGAGUUUCGGUCAGAUGCCGCUCACCCCCGAUGUCCUCAUCACUCCAUCUGAGCUGCGAUACUUUGUAAAGGAUGUGGCCGGCUGUUUAUGUGUGAAUCCUGGACGGCUGACCAAAGGUCAGGUGGGGGGCACAUACGGCAGGAUGCUCAUUCAGCGCAGCGCCACACCAGAGGAGGGGAAGCGAGUGAGCCCCUGUUUGGCUGCUCAGGUGGUAAAAAUCUAACGGGAAUAAAUAUUUUAAAGGAUCAGAGUCACCAGAAAUGAGUUUAAUUGACCACAAGCAGUUUUCUGUGAGCACUGUAUUCUUUAACAUCUUCAAAAGCAAAUUCACUGUACUGUUAAGACCAAUAAAAUAUUGGUUUAUUUUUGUAUUGCAAACAUGUUUGAUUGAUCUGAUUGAUGACGUGUCAGUCACUCAGAUAAAGCAGCAAAAAUCUUUAAUUGUGCAUUUUUCUGGUUUCUUUUGGGCUUUUUUUUCCUGCUCUAUGCUUUACUCUUUAAAUAUAGUAAGUUCCCCUUGACCAGAAAUAAGAAAUUGUUAGAAAAAACGAAUAAACAAAUAAAAACA